AUGCAAUAUAUUACUAAUCGAUGUGGCAGUGCAUCAUUGCUAACUGUUUCUUUCUUUGCUGGUUACUGUACCGACAAAUAUAUACUAAAACGAGCUAAUGCCGCCACUAUUCAGUUACCAGUACCUGCAAUGCCGCCACCACACAUUUUGACCGGACCCACUUCAACCAUGGAUAUUGACCAUAUGAAAGAACAGCCAUCUCGUUCGUCCCAAAUAAUGCGUUAUGGUUAUCCCAGUUUUGAUAAUUUACGCACCUUCGAAGAUUAUGUUUUAUCAUAUGACCGUCGAAAUAGAAUUGCUUACUGGGUUAUUGAACAUCUAAGUUCAGAUGGGUUAGUCUACAGUUCAUCUGUUGACCGUUCAAAGUGCUUCUUUCAUGAGGACUCGUCAAUUCAUCCUUAUUUCAAAUCAACAAACGAUGACUAUAAGAAUAGCGGGUAUGAUCGUGGUCACUUAGCUGCAGCUGGCAAUCAUCGGCGAUCACAAACUGCUAUCGACCAAACUUUCUUAUUGAGCAACAUGGCACCUCAAGUUGGGAAAGGGUUUAAUAGGGGCAAAUGGAAUGAAUUGGAGAGACACGUCAGGAAGCUUGUUAGAAAACACAAAAAUGUAUACGUUUGUACUGGGCCAUUAUUUUUGCCGAAAUUGGAGAAGGAUGGUUCACUGUACAUCAAGUAUAAAAUUAUUGGUCGAAAUAACAUUGCUGUACCAACACACUUCUUUAAGGUUGUACUGAUAGAACUUAUAGAUGGCAAAUUUGAACUAGAAGCAUACAUUUUACCAAAUGCGGUGAUACCUGAUGAUACACCUCUGGCCUCAUUCUUGGCACCGCUAGAUAGUAUUGAGCGCUCUGCUGGAUUUCUAAUUUUUGAUAAAUUGCCAAAAAACGCUUUAAAAAAGAUUAAUGGAAAGUCGAGAUAUAUAUUGUCAUAA